AUGAGACUUUCUUUGCAUCUCGGCGCCUCAAAGCUCGCCCUCCUCUUCCUCGCCCUCCUCUGCCUCGCGGCCGCGCUGCCCCCCCACCCCCCCAACGCCCCCCUGCCCCCGGCGGACGGCGCCCCGCUGGACGAGGACUGGCUCGCCCGGUGGCCUCGAGGGCCCCGGGCCCCCCCGCUGAGGCCCGGGGUGGGGGUGGAGGUGGAAGAGGAAGAGGAAGAGGAGGAGGAGGAGGAGGCCCUGCCGAGGGCCCGGAGAGGAGACCUGGCGGGCCGGCCGCUGUCGCCGUUCCCCACGGGCCUAUCGGUGGAGGGCGGAGACGGGGAGGAGGGAGGGUGGAGGAACGAGGCCCUGACCUCCAUCGCCGAAGGCCUGCAGGCCAUCAGCCGCGAGAGAGGAGGCUUCGGCUUCCGCUUCGGGAGGAAGAGGUGGAGCGACCGGGGGUGGAUGGACGGAGGGGGCGGAGUCAGGGGGCCUCAUUUACAUAUCUGA